UCCACUCUCUUCCGUGAAAACAUGUUGAGUGCUGCCACAGUGUCAGACCACUCCCUCCGUGUCUGUGAAGGGAAGAACAGUCCGGUCCUCUGACUAGUUCAGAGUUUUUCGUGGACUAUGUCCGCGGAUGAGAAUGGCGGAGUCCAGCGCGCUUGAGGAGCUGCAGUCGGAGCUGACCUGCCCGGUGUGUCUGGAGCUGUUCCGGGAGCCGGUGAUCCUGGAGUGCGGACAUCACUUCUGCCAGGUGUGCAUCAUCCAGUGCUGGGAAGCCAAAGCGGACGAGCUGUCCAACUGCCCCAAGUGUAGGAAGUCCUGCUCCCGUAAACUCAGACCCAACUCUCUGCUGUGUAACGUCGUGGACAGCGUGCGCAGAGCUCGCGCCAUGGACACGGCCGCGGGCGUCACGGCGUGGGACCCGGAAGGUGCGUUCGAGGAACCGGAGGAGCGCGAGCCCGGGUCCAGUAUGAGCAGCGUGGCCUCGUCCAUCGGACACUGGCCUCGGUUGUGUAUGGACAUGUGUGAGGAGCAUGAGGAGAAGCUGAAGCUGUACUGUGAGGACGACCAGCUGCCCAUCUGCCUGGUGUGUGGCAUGUCCAGGGACCACAAGACCCACAAUGUCAUCCCCAUCAACGAGGCCUUUGAGAACUACAAGGAUAAGCUGUCUGUUGCUCUACAGAGGGUUCAGUUCCAGGCAGAAGAAGCCGCGCUUUUCCAAAGGCAAACAAAUGAAAAGAUUCUUCUCAUUAAGGAGCGAGCAGGAGAUCUAGAGGAGCAGGUCACUGCAGAGCUGGGCCGUCUGAGGGAGUUCCUUCUUCAGGAGGAGCAGCGCAUAAAGGAACAAUUGCAGAGGCAGAAAGAGGAGAAACUGAAUCAGCUGGAGGAGGCUUUAACUAAAGCUACAGAGCAAAUCAGCCAGCUGGAAAAAACAGCUGAUGAGCUGUGUGCAAAACUGAGAGAGGAAGAUAACCCUGAACAUCUCAAGGGAAUCAAAGAUUUCAUUGGAGGGGCUGAGAGCCUGUUUGAGUGCCCCCCAGAGGUGGGUGUGGAUCUGGAGUCAGGAGAGUUCCUGGGCCCUCUGCAGUACAGGACAUGGAGGAAAAUGUGCUCUGUUUUUCAGCCAGCCAUCACAGCGGUGACCCUCAACCCUGACACCGCCUACCCCUGCCUGUGGGUUUCUCCAUGUCACACCAGUGUCCAGGUGGGCAAAAUCCAGCCCAACUUACCCAACAAUCCUGAGCGCUUCACCCGCUACAACAUCGUGCUUGGCUCCGAAGCGUUCUCCUCAGGCCGACAUUACUGGGAGGUGGAGGUGGGCUCCAAAACAGCGUGGGGUCUGGGUGUGGCCUCGGCAUCUGUCAACAGGAAGGAGGAGAUCAGCCUCUGCCCUGAUGAUGGUUUCUGGACCCUGGUGCUGAGGGAUGACGGUAAUGGUGCGAGUGAAUAUGAGGCAUGCACCGACUCAGAGGAUAGCUUGUUGUAUCCAUCCAAACCCCCCAAGAGGGUCGGGGUCUAUUUGGACUACGGGCGUGGUGAAGUGGCGUUUUAUGAUGCAGGAGACAUGAGCCACCUCUUCACCUUCUAUGAUGCAAAAUUCAAGGAGCCAGUUUUCCCGUACUUCAACCCGUGGCCGAUAAUCAAUGGACAAAACCGAGAGCCCCUCACCAUAGUAACACCACACUGGGGAUAGACUUAAAUUACAUAACGGACGCUCAAGAAACAGCAAAAAAGAGAUUCAAUCUAUGCAACUGUUGAGCUGAAUUCAGAUGGACUGAUUUCAUGAACAAUAUUUACAUUUUGUGCUGACUAUAAUAAUGGGUUAACCAUUUGAUGUUAAUACAAAGAUAAAACUACUAUGGAUACUGACACCUGAUGAUCUUUAUAUUGAUUCUAAGUUCAUUUCAGGGUAACCCAAGUAUAACACUUAAGAACUGCUAAUAUCCUGUUGAAUUUGCUGCAGUGUCUUACUGUGUGUUCAUAACAACAUAGUACAUCUUCUGUUACAUAUAUAUAGUAUAUACUCUUCAAAUUAAUGAAAUAUUUUUGUACAGUAAAUUACAUUUUAUUGAUUAAAUCUCACCCAUAUAUAGCUGGGAUUGGCUCCAGCGGCCCCAUGACCCUAGUGAGGAUAAAGCAGGUUCAGAAAAUGAAUGAAUGAGUAAAUUCCACACUUCUGUAAACUUCUAGUCAGGGUAGUUCCAUUAAUCUCCACCAGAUGGCGCAGGCACCUUACUAAAAUGCAACUUAAUUAUGUCGUCAUCGCCAGUCCAUUCUCAGCUUUUUUCUAAAGAGGUUCGUCAGAUGUGAUGCAGAACACUUUUCCACCUUUUACCUAACAAACACUCCUGUGCAAACUUGUCAAACCUGCAUGCAAUGUUCAUCAAGUUUCAUAUACUACACCUGAAAAUAAUUUUGUUAAAUGUGAUUUAUCUAAUGUUUGUUUUUCAGAUGCCCAUGUACUCUUGUAUUACAGCAUUAGCUCUUCCAGAAGGGCUUAUUGUCAACAAAACUGCAACAGAAUUUACAUUGAUAAACAUCUUUAACGUUCAUAUAAGACUCAUGUAUGUAGCACCCACAGUGAGACACAUGGCAACAAUCUCAGCACUUGUAAAUCUAAUGGUUUCAUCUAAUAAAUUGCUGAGAAAAGAAAUUACUUAAUUCAUUUAAUCACAAAAUGAAGUGUGAUAGGUAGCUCUCCUCAAUCACAGUACAUCCUCUGGGAUAGAAAAAAGCAACAAGUGAUAUAUUAGUUUAUAAUCCUUGAGUAAACAAACACAACCUUGAUUUUUGUGUUGAAAUAUGUUGUAUUAUUAAAGAUAGUUCUACACAGCAGCAACAGAAAACAGUGCUGUCGGGCUCAUGACAUUAAUGUCUCUUACAGUAAAAUAAAAUGCAAAGUAACUAAAGUAAGUAAAGCAUUAAAAUGUGUGAUCUAUGAUCAUGGCUAGGCAUAAAACAAUGAUAAUUACUGUGAUAUAAUUGUUUAUAAAAUAUAAUCAUUUCUCUUUGAGAUCAGCAAUUAGGGUUAUCACAAUUAGCGCAGGAUAAAAUAUUAAUUAAUUUGAUCAAUCGAGGUUUAAAUAAUUAAAAAUUUCUAAAUUGCAAAACUGAGAUGGAGAUGUCUUGCUUUACAAAAACUCAAUGCAUCUUGUAAUCUUUUAGUUGUGAACGUGUUUCUAUGGUUGUGUCUGGCAUAAAUUAUAGCAAAGAAGUUGUAUAUUCCAGUAAUUUUUUGUUGUCAGUUUGUGUAGCCAGAACAUAAUCUAUUAAAUUAGAAUUCAUCCAAAACACUGAAAAUAAUUAAUAAUAAUUAGAUAAUAAUAAUUAGAUUUUUUUUUUUUUUUUUUUUGUGGCCCAUGUCACCCAGCUCUGAUCUAUGUGGAAGAGGAUUAGAUCUAACAACACAACUUUAUAUCAUUUUUACUCAUGAUUGCUUUGACAUGAAACAAUUUCAUUUUUAUUGUUGUACCUAAAGAUUUUUUUUUUUUUUAAAUGUUCUGACUAUUAAACGGUUUAAAACCACA